AUGGCAACACAAAUCACUACAGUUUCCGACUCGAAAGAGCGACAAGGACUCAAUCUCAUCGCCGCACAUUCUCAUAUCCGUGGUCUCGGCGUAACACCAGAUACUCUCACUCCCAAACCCUCCGCAGAUGGACUCGUCGGACAACAACAGGCGCGCAAAGCUGCCAGUGUCAUUUUACAGAUGGCAAAAGAAGGAAAGAUUGCAGGACGGGCGGUAUUGAUCUCAGGCCCACCUAGCACUGGAAAGACCGCCAUUGCGAUUGGUAUGAGCAAGGGUCUGGGAGACGAUGUACCAUUCACCAUGCUGGCUUCAUCGGAAAUAUUCAGCUUGGAGAUGAGCAAAACAGAGGCCUUGGAGCAGGCGUUCCGGAAAUCUAUUGGCGUACGGAUACGAGAAGAGAGCGAAGUGAUCGAGGGUGAGGUGGUGGAGAUUGUGAUUGACCGAUCGGUGACAGGCAACAAUAAGAGUGGUAAACUCACGAUCAAAACUACGGACAUGGAGACGUUCUAUGAUAUGGGCACUCGGAUGAUCGACAGCAUGACCAAAGAGAAGGUUAUCGCGGGUGAUAUCAUCAGCAUCGACAAGGCUAGCGGUCGGAUCACAAAACUAGGUCGAAGCUACGCGAGGAGCAGAGACUACGAUGCAGUCGGCGCAGACGCCAAGUUCAUUCAGUGUCCAGAAGGCGAGCUUUCCGUCCGUCGCGAGACCGUCCACACGGUCUCGCUCCAUGAGAUCGAUGUCAUCAACAGCCGUACUCAAGGAUUCCUUGCGCUCUUUUCCGGCGACACAGGAGAGAUCCGUUCGGAAGUGCGAGAGCAGAUCAACACAAAGGUCGCGGAGUGGAAAGAAGAAGGCAAGGCCGAGAUUGUCCCGGGAGUUUUAUUCAUUGAUGAGGUCCACAUGCUCGAUAUUGAAUGCUUCAGCUUCAUCAACCGCGCGCUCGAGGACCAACUAGCACCCAUUGUCAUCAUGGCGUCGAACCGCGGCAACGCCACAAUCCGCGGCACCAAUUACAGGAGUCCGCACGGUCUGCCUCUCGAUUUCCUCGACCGUGUUGUCAUCAUUUCAACAAAUCCGUAUCAAGGCGAUGAGAUCCGAGAGAUCCUCUCUAUUCGCGCUACCGAGGAGGAGGUUGAUAUCUCGCCCGACGCGCUGGCGCUAUUGACCAAGAUUGGGCAAGAGACCGGUCUACGAUAUGCCAGUAACCUGAUCACAACUUCGCAUCUGAUCUCACAGAAGCGGAAGGCAAAGGAGGUUGAGGUCAGCGACGUCCAGCGAUCCUUCCAACUCUUCUAUGACCCUUUGCGAAGUGCCCGUUUCGUGGCAGAGUUUGAGAAGAGGUUCAUUGGCGAAGACGGAGGUGUGUCCUUAACGACAACAAACGGCGUGAGCGACGGCGAUGCAAUGGAAGUGUCUUAA